CGUGCUUUUGGAACUACCAGUUGGCACCGGUUGCCCUUGCCUAAUCAUCCACUCACAGUCCCCCGCUCCAUCGCUUCCAGGACACAACAGCACUCCUGAAAUAAAUUGCAUUUGAUAAGAGAAAUUAAGGUGAUUGAAAAAUGUGCUGAAAAGAAGUCUGCACUGAUUCCUGGAGGACAUUUCUAUGAGAAAGUGGAGACAAAAAAUCCAUCAUGAAAAAGAUCUCAAAGAGAAGAGAAGAUACUUUAAAAAGGAUGCAGAAGAAAAUCAAAGCAUAAUAGAAACACUAAGAGGCAAAAUAAGAGAAAAACUAAGAAAUGCUAAGACUGAAGUCUUGAUGGAUGAAGGUCUUUCAUUUUUCAUUCUGAGUGGUGAAGAAGGCUCAGAGUUGGGCCAGUCAUCAGAACAGAGAUCAGUAAAGGAUAGUCACUCCAAAUGCUUUUCAGUUGGUAAUAAAUUAGAAAAUGUUGCUAAGGGUCAAGAUAAAGAUUUUAUGGAAGAAGUCAUUUUUAGAGAUUUAUUUGAAGUAAAAGCUGCUGAAUAUGAAGAUGAUCAAGAAAAACUAACAAAAGAGCAGGCAAAUAUUUUUAUGCCAAGCAGUUCCCCAGGGACAGAGUUGGUUUGAAGAGAGUGGAGAAAUAAUGUCAUUACCUUCACCUAUUAGACAGUCAUGGAAUUUCAGACUAAACAUAAGCAAGGAAUCCUUAAAUCCAGCACUAAAGACCAUAUACAGGAAGGCAAUAAAAUCUGACAUUGGGAGUUCUUUUAGGAACAAAAUGGAAGGUCAAAGGGAAAUGUACCAAUUAGAUCUCAACAUUAUUGGCUUGCAAUUUAGCCAUCAUCCUCUAUUCAAUCAAGAACAAGUAUUAUGUGCUAGACUGGUGCAACUUUAUGAAUAUUUUCAGGACAGGCAGCAACAGAAUUUACCACAGCUACUUUAUGAAAAGCUGAAAACAUUGACAAAUGCUACCAAAUCAGUGAGCGAAAACUUUGAAAUUACCCAGCUUAUCAAAAAGUCUUUACAAGAUUAUUAUUGGCAGAUAAGAAAUACAAAACAACUAUAUAACUUAGAAAGGGAAAAGGACCUCUCCCUGCUACAUAGCAUGUUACAGACUUGGAAACAGAUAAAGUCUCUUCGAAAACAGCAAGGUUUUACAAGCACUACAAUAAAGUUACAAUUUCAGAGGAUUAAUAUGAAUAAAUGUGAUGAGCAAGAAGAACAAGCACAAAUGUCAGAAGACAUUUCUGAGACCAAGAAGAAAACUGAAGGAAAAGUACUUAAGAAUGAAGAAAAACAGGAGGUGCUCUCAUUUUUAGCUUCUGAACUUGAAGAAACAGAAAUUGAAAGAAUAAAUCCAACUACCCUGAGGCCGCUACUUUAUUUCACAGCAGAAUUAACCAGCUUAUCCAAGUGUCCACUACAUGAACAGAAGAGGAGAGCCAAACUUCAGAAGCUGAAAUAUUUUGUUAAGAUAUUUUACAACAACAAACAGGUUUCUUGCACUUCAAUAUCUCCUCUACAGUUUGAUUUUAAAGUCAUGUUUCAGCAAAUUUUCAAUAUUCAGUUAAUAUAUUGGCCUGAAACAAUUUGCUUAGAGGUUUAUGAAAUAAGUAAAAAAACAAGCUUACUGGCAAAAUUAUAUUUACCUUUACCUAACAACACAGAGCUGAAAGGCAAAACUGUUCUGGAAUAUGUAGAAUUUAGCUCUGAUAAGCUGGUCAUACCUGCGGAUGGAGAAGUAGGAAGCAAUGUCCCUUUUCUUCUUGAGGAAAAUGGAACUAAAGAACUUUGUCUUUUAACAUCCGGAAAACUUAGCUAUUGUCUAUCAUGGGCCUUAGAUGAAAAUGGCUUUCCUCUGACACCUAUGUCACAAUCAUUAAGAUCUGCAAACUGCAGUUUGUUAAGGAAUGUAGGUAUAAGAGGUACUCCUCGAAUUCCAUGGUUUUUUAAUGCACAGAAGCUUUUUCAAUGGGCAAAUGAAGUCAGAAUUGAUCCAAAUAAUCCAGAAUAUUCUGAUUUAAUGGAAUUUAUUAUGUAUAUGAGACAUAAAGGGCAGGACAUUCCACGGUAUUUCCGCCUUGAACAAUUGCAAGAUGAAUUUAACUUUGUUUCUGAAGAAGAAAUGAAAAAGAGUAAACGUUUUCAGCUUCUGCAACUUAGAAAUGCAGGUCAAUUAGAUAUUUUCCUCCUACAGCAAAUGCCUCUCUAUGAUAGAGAAAUUCCAGAUUUAGUCUUUCAGGAGUAUGAAAGUCAUGUAGAGAUGGAUAUGUCUGCUUCAGAUGUAAAUUCUAUUACUGCACAAAGGAUUAAUACCAUCAAUUUUCUGGAAAAGGAGAGAAGAUCGAUAAUGAAAAGAAUCAUUAAAGUUAGCAAAUUUAACUUGCCAGAUAUUGUGGCUGAUUAUGAAGAAAUUGUAUCUUCAAGCCAGUUGAUGCAUGCAAUUUGUAAGUUUGUGGAACCACGAAAGAAGUUAAAGCCUCAGAGGAAGGAAAGGAAAAGAGUUACAGAACAGGCUAUCUCUGAUGGGGAUAUUAAAAUUCUCAUAAGAAUAUUGAGGGCCUAUAAUAUUCCUACCAGGAAAACAACAGUUAAUAGAGUCUUGGAUAUGCCUGCUUAUUUGAAAUCAUCUAUACCUUGCUUCAGACAUAAAGAAACAAGCAGAUCAAUAGCCUCAGAUAAUAUUUUAAAUGAGGAUACUGUACACCCUUUCAUAGAAGUUUCUUUUCAGCACACUGUAUAUCAUACCAAUACAGAAAGGGGAUCUCAUCCAUGCUGGAAUGAAGAAAUUAAGGUAGAUUUUAUCUCACCAGGACAUGAUUAUAGCUUCUCAAACUUAUCUAAAAUAAAAGAUAAUAUAUAUAUCAACAUUUUUGAUGAAAUGAUCAUUGAAAAACAUAAGGAUCGCUGUCUAAAGAGCUGUAGUGGUCACUCAUAUCUAAGAAAGAACUGGCUUGGUUCCAUUGUUUUCCCUUUCUCUGCUCUUUUGCAACAAUCUGAGAUUAGUGGAACAUUUCAAGUAAAUAUUCCACCAGUUUUGCUUGGAUAUACUUGGAGUAAGAAUUAUUUAUCUCCAAAAGAAGAUUACAAUGGACAGAAUUUAAGAGAAUGUACCUUCAUAAAUAUUUUUGCUACCAUUGAACCACAGAUACCGUAUGUUACCUAUAAUUCAAAACUAGACAAGUUUUCAGAUCAAGUAGAUGUUUUGGAGAGAGCACAGGUUUUUAAAAAUAAUUGUAAAACAAUGUUUCCCAACCGAAGAAUCAUAACUACUGUUUUUAAUGAUGAAGGGAUACAGACAUUAGUAACGAGAUAUAUCAAGGCAUUAAAUCCACCUCAACAACUUCUAGAUGUAUUUCUUCAUGAUUCUAACGCAACACUUGACCUCAUUGCUCGAUUCGUAUCUCUGAUUCCUUUUAUGCCUGAUACGCUGGAUGACAAUGAUGGUUGUGACAUAUGGAUGACAUCAGAGCGUUGCAUCAGCUUAGCUAUUGGAAAUAAGGAAGAGCAUGCCAUACUUCUCUGUAAUUUCUUUUUGUAUUUUGGAAAGAAGGCAUUGGUCCUCCUGGGAACCUCAUUAUUAGAAGGUCAUGUUGCCUAUGUAUUAACUCAAGAAACUAAUGAAUAUUUGCUUUGGAAUCCAUCAACUGGACAAUGUCACAAGCAGUUUGAUCCAUUUUGUCCCUUACAAAGCAUAGAUUGUUUGUUUGAUGACAGGAAUGUCUGGUUUAAUGUUCAACAAAAUAAUACACCAAUGGCUAUAUAUUUUGACUAUUCAAAGGAAAGUUUCUGGAAACAGUUGCUUCCAAAAAGUUUUCAGGGGACAAAAGUACAAAGCAUACAGCCUGAAGAAAUCAUUUAUUCUGAUACAAAUAAAAAUAUGGUAGAAGAUCUAAAGAACAGGAUUGAAAGAACUCUAAAGUGUAAAAUAAUGGAAUGGAGACCUAAGCACCCAACACGUUGGAAUCGACAAUGUACUUGUCUUUUGCGACAAAUCCUUCCUAAACUGGAACUUGGCACAGCAAGUCUUGUUUCAUCUGAAGAAGAAAGUGAAUUUGAAAGACUGCUACAAUUUUACUGGAGUUGGGCAGUAACCCCAACCUUUAUCUCCUUCCCUCCAGUCUUUGAGGAUAAAUGUAGAUCACUUCACCAGAGACCUCUUCCAGGAAGAUCUUUUGAGAAUUACUCUUUACAGCAAGUAUUACUCUGGAAAAGAAGCAAUUCUGGCUUGUUCCCCCUAAGGUCAAUGCUUCUCAAAUGUGGAUCUGACACCACCUUCACAAGAAUCAUCUGGAGUCCUGUUGAAAAUGAAGAUUCCAGAUGCCACCUAAGACCUAUUGAAUCAGAUCUCUGAGAGUGGAGCUCCAGAAUCUGCAUUAUUUUCAGCAAACUCCCCAGGCAAUUGUGAUAGACUGUUAAUAGAAAAAGAAUGAAGCCAUACAGAAUGCUGUCAUUACUAAAGUCAGGAUGGUACAUUUAAUGCAGGUUCUGAUACCAUUGCAUGUAGAAGUUACUCAAAUUGAAACUUAAGGUCAUUGCCUUUCAUAAGAUAAAAGGUUAUUUCACUGGUAAAGAAAACCAGGCAAAUCUAUAGAAGUCAGCUUCUAGGGACUUCUUAAAAGUUUGUUCUUAGGAUACUUUGACAAGAAAUCCUUACAGCUCCUCAUAUUUGGAAGGGACUCCCAGGAAACUCUUAAUUUUUUUUCUGACUCUGUGAAGAAGUAAGAAAAUUGUCUUAACAAAUCCCAGGGCUCUUUUUUUCUUGUGAGUGGCCCCUACUCGGCCUCUGGCAUUUUUUUGUUAUCUUCUUUUCCCAGUAGUUGCCACAGGGAGGCUCAUGUAGAUUCUAGUAGCUGCUCCAGAAAGAAUGAAUAGGGAUCUAAAAAGGAAGCGAUACUGAAUAUUUUUAUUCUACUUCAUUUUUCUGUGCUCCAUGGAGAAAAGUAUUUACACAAUUUACUUAAAUAUGACUUAACAACUAAUCAUUUUAAAAAUAUAACCAAGGAAUACAGAUUUCCAAAAGUUGACCCGCACAGUUUUAUCUGAGUAAAGAUAAAAUUCCCCUGUCCCAUUGCAAGACCACUUCGUCUUCUUGCUUCACUCAAAUAGAAAGCAGAGACCUUCAAAUUCACCCACAGGGAACCUCCAAUCUGUGUCCCUUCCUCAAAUUUGCCACAUAGGCCGAUGCUAGAGAUGGCCUUGUUUGUUUCCAGUGAUGUUAAUCUUGGGCCUAAUUUGAGAUGACCAGAAGAGGUGAGAUAGGAACGUGGAUGAAGGAAUUUUUUCCCUUAAGUUCAAACCUAAUUGUGUGUCUUCUGGCAUGCAUAAGAAAACUGAUUAGAAUUUUUGUUUUUAUUUUAAAGUUUGUGUUUAAGUGUUAUAUGAAGUUUUAUUUUUAAACAAGUCUCCCACUUUGAGGUGGUGCAAAAUGGUGCCUGUGAAAAGAUGGCAUUACCAUAGAAAUGCUAAAUUUAUGUAUUCAUUUCUGUAGGACAUGAAUGUUUACCUAGACCUUUUAUUAGUUGUGUAUGGCUUUAGAAUUGGUAGGCCACUUAAGAGUAAGGUAGCAAAAUAGUCACUGACAAGUAUGGAGGACUUUUAUAACAUGCAUUUUUUACAGGUGUAUCUGCUACUUUUUAAAUUAAUUUCUUCUGAAAAUUGUGAAGUUGUCUAUUAUGAAUCAUUUUUCAUUCAAAUGUUUUAAAAAUACAUACUUUUAAAUGGAAUAGUUUUAAAGUUUUUUAAAUCAUACCACAAAUAAUUACAGAGUAUCCAUUAUGUGCCAGACACUUUAGUAUGUGCUAGAGUACAGCAGUGAAAAGAGAAAGAUCCUACCAGUGUGAAGUUUACGCUCUUACAAAGUUUACAUUCUCACAGUGUAUACACUAUCAAAUAUAACCAAUAAGUAAGUAAAAAAAUGUCAGGGGAUGAAGAGUGCUCUAAAGGAUAGAAAUAAGAAGAGAUGAUUGAAAACAUUAUUGGAGGUCGAGGGUGUAAGCAGAAUAGUUAAGAGGCCUCUCUACAGAGAUAAUGUUUAAGCUGAGAUUUUAAAAAUUAUUUCUCAAUUAGAAUUGUAUUCAAUUGCAUGUAACAGAAACCUAAUAACAGUAGCUAAACUAAGCAGGGAUUACUUUUUCACAUAACUGCAAAGCCAGAGGAAGCAGUCCAAGUCUGGUGCAGUGGCUUCUCACUGUCUUAGGUAUACUUGUCUUUAUCCAACAUUUUGGCUUUCACUAAAGAAGUUUUUAUGGUUUAACUCAGUGGCUUUCAAACUUCAACAAGUAUAAGAAGCACCUGAGGGGCCUGUGGAAAUAGAUUACUGGGCCACACUCCCAAACUUUCUGAUUUAGUGGGUCUAGAGUAGAACCUGAUAAUUUGCAUUUGUAAGUUUCCAGGUGAUGUUGAGGCUGAUAAAGUGGGGAGCACACUUUGAUAACCUUGGCCUUAGCUUCACAACCAUUCUCAUGGUCAGAAAAUGCAGCAAGAUAAAGGGGAAAUAAAAGAUGACAAUUGAGGGGCUGGGGAUUUAGCUCAG